AACAAAUCACAGCACAACAGCAGAAGAAGAAGCAACAAGAUGUCGCGGGUUGUGCCACUGCUGGUUGCCAGCGACAGCAACGGCAAGGAUGGCCGCGAUGGUGCCGCUGGCGCUGGCGCUGGCGUGAUUCGAGGAGCGAGAGGGGAAGAGCUGCGCGUCCAGUUUGUGGAGGAUCACAUUGUGCGGGUAACGCUGUGCCCCGAUGGAAAGCGGCGCGUGGAUCGCUCCUGGAUUAUCGAUCCAACACACGAUCCAACAACCCGCACCACCACAACCACCAAUGAUGAUGAUGAUGAUGCAGAGAAGCCGUGCAGCCAGAGUGUGGCCACGGGGUUCCUGGAUGAGGGACACCCUGGCGCAGAAUUUCUGCGUGUGCAUGGGUCGCGGCGGGACGAUCUGUUUUCUGGCUCAAGCGAGGCAGUGAAUGUUGUCUGCGAGAACCAGAAGGGAUCGGGCUGGAGCAUGAGCAGCUCAUCUGUGCGCGUGUCUGCGACCGCCAAGCCGGGCGAGCCCCCAGCACUGGCAUGGCACUUCAAGGAUGCGCUCGUGGCCCGCGACCUCCCCAGCUCGCCGUACACGUACGACCGCGGUGUUGGUCACAGCGGCGGCGAUGGCGACCACCAGGGCCACGGCAGCGUGACACACUACAUGGAGCGGCGCAGCGCGCAGGAGGAGGCGUACUUUGGUCUGGGCGAGGCGGCUGGCCGCAUCAACCGCUACGGCACGCGCGUGCGUCUGGAUGCCAUUGACGCCAUGGGCUAUUCCUGCGAUCCCACCAACCGCCAGGUCUCCGGGCCGUUGUACAAGCACUGUCCCAUUGUGUUUGUCAACGUGCGCUCCCCGCCGGCAGACGCUGAUGCAGCGGCACAACAGCCGCCGCUGGGCGAGGAGGACGAGGAGUACCAGCGCAGCACAACAAGCGCAAUGCUGCACAAACUGCUGGACAGCGUCGAGCAUGACGACACGGCAUCGCCAACCUCGCCCACAUCCGUCACGUCACCCGCGUUCUCGACGCAGGAAGAAAGCAGCGAUUCGCGGCAGCUUGGCGCCAGCCUGGGAUGGUAUGCGAUGGUGUACGACUCCUCUGCGCGUGGUGUCAUGGACCUUGGUAGUGAGAUUAGCGCGUUCCGCGGUUCGUACCGUUACACCCAGUUUGAAGACGGCGACCUCGAGUACUACAUGAUCUUCGGCCAGGAUCUGAAGUCUGUGGUGCAGGAUGUGUCACGACUGAUUGGCCGGCCACUCAUGCCGCCUCGCUGGUGCCUCGGCUAUCUUGGCAGCACAAUGGCAUACACAGAGGCGCCCGAUGCGCAGGAGCAGCUGAAGAAGUUUGUGUCCCUCUGCCACUCGCAUGACAUUCUCUGCGACGGCUUCCACCUCUCCUCAGGAUACACGUGCGUGGACGGCGCUGACGGCGGUUUUGGGCCAAGAUGCGUCUUCAACUGGAACGCACGCCGGAUUCCGGAUCCACACGCCAUGUUCGACCACUUCAACAAGGCGCACAUGCGCGUGCUGCCCAACAUCAAGCCGUGGCUGCUUGCCGACAGCCACCCCGAGUACGCGCGUGCGGUUGCCAGCGGCGUGUGUGUCCGCGAUCCGGACGAUCCGUCCCGUCCAUAUGUCGGCCUGUUCUGGUCUGGCGGUGCUGGCACUUUCUCCCGUGGGUCCUACAUCGACUUCUCCUCAAAGGAAGGAUUCAGGUGGUGGGCGGACCGCUGCCGUACACAGCUUAUCCAAAAGGGAGCAAGGGCGCUCUGGAACGACAACAACGAAUACGAGGUGGACGAUGGGAUGCUGGUGUGCGGAUCGGGCAUGCCAAUGUCGCUGAUGCGUCCAAUUCAGGGAUUGCUCAUGGCAAUGAGCUCAAUGAGUGCGCUGCUUGCUGAGCGGCCUGCAGAGCGCCCCGUCGUCGUUUCGCGAUCGGGAUCCCUCGGCAUGCAGCGGUACUGCACGCAGACAUGGUCUGGCGACAACCGCACGAGCUGGAAGACGCUGCAGUGGAACACGCCAAUGGGCCUGUCACUCGGGCUGUGCGGGUGGCCGUUCAACGGACACGACAUUGGGGCGUUUGCAGGGCCAAGGCCCUCGGAGGAGCUGUUGUUGCGCUGGAUACAGGCAGCCAUCUUCAUGCCUCGCUUCUCCAUCCACAGUUGGAACAGCGACAACACAUGCACGGAGCCGUGGAGCUAUGCGACGUCGGUUGAUGUUGUGCGCGCGUGCAUACAGCAGCGGUACCUGCACCACCCCUUCAUGUACACCCUCCACUACGAUGCGCACGUGUCUGGUCUCCCCAUCACCCGCCCGCUUGUCCUUGAGUUUCCCGAUGACCGCAACUGCUGGGGGCUCCCAGACGCAAAGGCCGACCGCCACGUGCGCGAUUGCUCCUCGUGCGAUUUCAUGGUUGGAAGCGCCCUUCUCGUCUGCCCAAUCUACAUCCCGGGCACAACGGCUCGCCAGGUCUACCUGCCAACAGCUUGUGGUGCCAAGACGCUGUGGUACGACGUUGCCAGCAGCACGUGGUUGGCGGGUGGUCGCACGUACACCGCCCACUGCCCGCUGUCAUCCCCACUGCCCAUCACAUAUGUGCGGGACGCAUCUGUGAUCUGCACACUCGCAUCGCCCCCCUCGCGCUCAACAGAGGAGAUUUCGCGUGACGGGUGCGGCGGCCGCGUGUUCACGCUGUACUUUUCCCAGCGCCCGGGUCGCACGUGUGUCCGCCACAUUGAGGAUGAUGGCAUCUCCAACGCCGGCACCCAAUUCGUCUUCACGCUCGACGUGUGUGCAGACGAGGAGGCUGUCACGUGCUCUCUGCGCGUCACCAAACGCUUCGUGUCGUACCUUCCAGUGCGCACACCAUCACCAUCAUCGUCGUCCUUUGCACUCCCGUUUGAUGAGGUCACCAUCAAGCUGCCUGCAAGGGAUGCCCGUGCACUGGUCGUGAACACGGGAGAGGGCACGCACACCUUCGCUGGCGGCAGUGGCAACGUGCCUGUAGUUGUUGUGGCGAUGGACGACGCUGGUACGCAGUGAUGCGCAGGAGCACGGACGGUUGGCUGGAUACAUCCUUGUUGGCGGUGUGUGUUGGCAGCGCGUUGACAGCGUGUUGGCAGCGUGU